AAGUGGCUGCAUUUGGUCGGUACCGGAGAGUCGCGAUGGCAGCGGUGGAUUCGGAUGUCGAAUCGCUGCCGCGUGGGGGUUUCCGCUGCUGCCUCUGCCACGUUACUACAGCCAACCGACCCAGCCUCAAUGCCCACUUGGGAGGCCGGAAACACCGGCGCCUGGUAGAAUUACGCGCUGCCAGAAAGGCCCAGGGACUUCGAAGUGUGUUUGUCAGUGGCUUUCCCAGAGAUAUGGAUUCUGCUCAGCUCUUUCAGUACUUCCAGGCAUUUGGACCUGUGGCCAGUGUUGUCAUGGACAAAGACAAGGGACUCUUUGCCAUUGUGGAGAUGGUGGAUGUGGGUGCUCGGGAGGCUGUCUUGUCACAGUCCCAGCACAGCCUGGCAGGACAUCGUCUGCGUGUCCGGCCACGAGAACAGAAGAAUUUCCAGAGCCCGGCCUCCAAAUCCCCCAAAGGAGCAACCCAUGACAGUCACCAGCUGGCUAGAGCACUUGCUGAGGCUGCAGAUGUGGGGGCACAAAUGGUAAAGCUCGUAGGGCUGAGGGAGUUGUCCGAGGCUGAGCGGCAGCUUCGGAGCCUGGUGGUGGCCCUGAUGCAGGAGGUCUUCACAGAGUUCUUCCCUGGCUGUGUGGUCCAUCCUUUUGGCUCUUCCAUAAACAGCUUUGAUGUCCAUGGCUGUGAUCUUGACCUCUUCUUGGAUCUGGGUGACUUGGAAGAGCCCCAGCCGGCCCCAAAGCCUCCAGAGUCUCCAUCCUUGGACUCGGCCCUUGCUUCCCCAUUGGAUCCUCAAGCCCUGGCCUGCACCCCAGCCUCCCCUCCAGACUCACAGCCUCCAGCUUCUCCCCAAGAUUCUGAAGCCCUGGACUUUGAAACCCCUUCCUCCUCCCUGGUGCCCCGGACUCCAGACUCUGCUUUGGCCUCUGAGACCCCUGCUUCUCCCCAGUCCUUGCCUCCAGCCUCACCACUGCAGGAGGACAGGAGAGAGGGGGACAUGGGGAAAGCCCUGGAACUAGCGGAGGCCCUAAAGGGGGAGAAGACAGAAGGGGUAGCAAUGCUGGAGCUGGUGGGAUCCAUUCUCCGGGGCUGUGUUCCCGGGGUGUACCGAGUCCAAACUGUGCCCUCGGCCCGGCGCCCUGUGGUCAAGUUCUGCCAUCGGCCUUCGGGUCUCCACGGUGAUAUCUCCCUCAGUAACCGGCUGGCCCUGCAUAACUCCCGUUUCCUGAGUCUCUGCUCAGAGCUGGAUGGACGAGUCCGGCCCCUCGUGUACACCCUCCGCUGCUGGGCUCAGGGUCGGGGGCUGUCAGGGAGUGGCCCUCUUCUCAAUAACUAUGCCCUGACCUUGCUGGUGAUCUAUUUCCUUCAGACCAGGGACCCUCCUGUGUUGCCCACUGUGUCUCAGCUCAUCCAGAAAGCAGAUGAGGGGGAACAGGUGGAAGUUGAUGGCUGGGACUGUAGUUUCCCCAGGGACGCCUCGAGACUGGAACCCAGCACUAAUGUGGAGACCCUCAGUUCCUUGCUAGCCCAGUUCUUCUCCUGUGUCUCUUGCUGGGAUCUUCGUGGCUCAUUGCUGUCCCUGCGGGAGGGUCAGGCACUGCCUGUGGUAGGGGGCCUGCCCUCUCGUCUCUGGGAGGGUCUGCGCCUCGGUCCCAUGAAUCUCCAGGAUCCUUUUGACCUGAGUCACAAUGUCGCAGCCAAUGUGACCAGCCGGGUAGCUGGGCGUUUACAGAACUGCUGCCGAGCAGCUGCCAAUUACUGCCGAAGCCUCCAGUAUCAGCACCGUUCCUCCCGGGGUCGGGACUGGGGGCUGCUCCCCCUUCUGCAGCCCAGCUCCCCGAGUUCCCUGCUGUCUGCUACACCCAUCCCCUUACCCCUUGCUCCCUUCACCCAGCUCACAGCUGCUCUGGUCCAGGUGUUAAGGGAAGCACUGGGGUGCCAUAUAGAACAGGGAACCAAGAGACCACGAUCAGGAGGAGCAACUGAGGAGUCUCCUCAGGGAGGGACAAGCAAAAGAUUGAAACUAGAUGGAGAGCAAAAGAGUUGUGAGGAGGGGAAAGAGGAACAGCAGGGAUGUGUGGGGGACCACUGUGACGAUGGGGUGGAAGAAAUGGUUAUAGAGCCCGGAGAGACGGUGCAGGACUGGGCCAUGCCGAGUUCUGGACAGCCACAGGAACUGCCCCUGACAACUGGAAAGCACCUAGCUACUGGAGAAGAAGGGCAGCCACAGCAUGCAGUGCUGGCAGAGCAGGGGCCCAAGGGACCUGAAGCAGCCCAAGAAAGGUCUCAGGGUGAGACAGGGAAGGGGGUAUUGCUCUCCUCUUCAGUGAGCCUGCGCUGUGCCUUGUGGCACCGUGUGUGGCAGGGGCGGCGGCGCGCCCGAAGACGCUUGCAGCAGCAAACCAAGGAAAGAGGUGGAGGCGGUGCUGGCACAGGAGCAGAGUGGCUGGCGACUGAAGCUCGGGUAACCCAGGAGCUGAUAGGACUGAGCGGUGGGGAACAGAGGCCAGAAACUGAGUCCCUCCUGACCUUUGUGGCUUCUGCCUCCCAGGCUGCCCAGAGUCUCACUGUGACCCCACUCCAGGAUUCCCAAGGCCUAUUCCCUGAUCUCUAUCACUUCUUACAGGUUUUUCUCCCUCAAGCACUUCGAAAUCUCCUCAAGUGAAGACAUGGACCUUAAAGGGUAAUAAAGCUGCUAGUUUAAUACAAA